AUGGAUGAGAACCCUUUCAACGCUGGCUCUCCGGGCGCAGAGGAGGUCGAUCUUUACGAACUACUCGAGAUCGAGAAAUCUGCGACACCAGAGCAGAUCAAGAAGGCCUACCGAAAGGCUGCCCUAAAGUACCAUCCAGACAAGGUCGCCGAAGAGCAUCGAGAAGAGUCCGAAGUCAAGUUCAAGGAAGUCACACAAGCAUACGAAAUUCUUAGCGAUGAGCAGAAGCGUGAGCUCUACGAUGUUCACGGCAUGGCCGCCUUCGACAAGUCCCGCGGCGGUCCCGAGGUCGACCUCAACGAUAUCCUUUCCCAGAUGUUCGGCUUCGGCAUGGGUCCUGGCGGCCCUGGCGGUCCAGGUGGCCCAGGUGGCCCAGGUGGCCCUCGCCGACCUAGACGCGGCCCUGAUGAGGAGCAAGAAUACAAGGUCACGCUCGAGGAGCUCUACCGUGGCAAGACUGUCAAGUUUGCCGCCAACAAGCAGGUUCUUUGCGGCCAGUGUAAGGGCUCUGGUGGCAAGGAGAAGGCCAAGUCUGCGUCCUGCGAGCGCUGCAAGGGUAACGGUAUCGUCGAGGCCUUCCGCCAGAUUGGUCCUGGCAUGAUGCGACGUGAGACUGUUAUUUGCGAUCACUGCUCAGGUGCCGGCCAAGUCUAUAAGGAGAAGGAUCGAUGCAAGAAGUGCAAGGGCAAGCGAACAACGCAGGAGAAGAAGGUUCUUGAGAUUUACAUCCCCCGAGGCUCCAUGCAGGGUGAGCGUAUCCUUCUCGAGGGCGAGGCCGACCAGUACCCGGAUCAAACGCCAGGCGACAUUGUCUUUACCCUGGUGGAGGAGCCCCAUGACUUUUUCACUCGCAUCGGACAUGAUUUGUCUGCUGAGCUGACUGUGUCGCUUGGGGAGGCUCUAUCGGGUUUCUCACGAACAGUGUUCAAGCAUCUUGACGGACGAGGCAUCCAUAUCGAGCGACCCCAGGGCAAGAUCCUGCGACCAGGUGAUUGCCUCAAGAUUGCUGGCGAGGGUAUGCCUAUGAAGCGAGGUGAGGCCAAGGGCGAUCUCUACCUGCUUGUCAAGGUUGAGUUCCCCGAGGACGGCUGGUUGAAGAGCGAGUCAGAGUAUGAGACUUUGCAGAAGAUGCUCCCUGCUGCUCCUGCGAACGUUGAGGUCGAGGAGGUUGAUGAGGUCGAGUACGAAGACGAUGCCGACAUUGAAAAGAUGGGCGAGAACUCAGGCGAUGGCCGUUUUGGCGGUGAAUGGGAGGAUGACGACGACGACAUGGGCGAUGGCCAGGCUCAGUGCCAGACGCAGUGA